CGGCGCGGGUGGGGAGGCGGAGGCGCAGGCGCACUGCGAGCAGCGGCCGGCGCGUGGGGCGCAGUGGUGAGGGGGCGGUGCCGGUGCCGGGGUGUCGGUUGCGGCGUGAGGGGCUCCACCGGGAAGAUGGACGACUUCCAGUCGGGGGACGAGACUUCCUUUGUUGUUGAUGAAGUCAGUAGCAUCAUUAAAGAGGCCAUAGAAAGUGCAAUAGGUGGCAAUGCCUACCAGCACAGCAAAGUGAACCAGUGGACAACAAGUGUGGUGGAACAAACGCUAAGCCAACUCACAAAGCUGGGGAAGCCUUUCAAGUAUAUUGUGACCUGUGUGAUUAUGCAAAAGAAUGGUGCUGGGCUACAUACAGCAAGCUCUUGCUUCUGGGACAACUCCAGUGAUGGAACCUGCACUGUGAGAUGGGAGAAUAAGACUAUGUACUGUAUUGUCAGUGCCUUUGGACUUGCAAUAUAAUUGCCUUGAAAUCAUUCAUCCUUCUCUUUUCUACUCCAGCACUUGAUUCCAUCUCUACUCAAACUGUGAAUACACUGAACAACUUCUGGUUUUAAUGUACUUUUUAAGUAACUUUUUUCAAAUGUAGAAAUGUGAAAACAUGCUGUUACAUGUUUUAUGUUUGUACUUAGUACCGUACCAGUGUUGCCAUACUGUCUUAACACUUCAAGAACUUCUCUUCAAGGUGCUAAUACUGAAAUCUGCUGCAGUGUAAACACUUCCUCUAGAUUUCUUUUUUAAGACCAAUAUAAAUGAGACACCGACUUUCACACUUUGUACUCUUGGUUAGCAUUAAAUUAUUCAAAUUCAUAA